AUGAACGAUGAUAAAGAAGAACUUUUAAAUGAACUUUUACAAGUUUUGUCAAGGUGUUAUGGAAGUGAUAAAUUUAGUGAUUUAACGAUAAAAUUAAAAAAUGGGGUUUUCAAUGCUCAUAGAUUAAUUUUGUAUGCGAGAGGUGAUAAUUGGUCGACAACCCCAUUGUCACAAAUUAGUAGUUUAAACUGGGAACACAUUGAUGCCGAAAUAAGUAUAGCAAUAUUAAAGUGGGUUUACACAUUUGAAAUUGAUUUGCCUUCAAAUGAAGAAUUUGUUUUAAAUUUAAUGAAAAAUGCGGGUUCAUUUAAAUUAAAAAAUUUGUGUAAAAUAUGCGAAAGAAAAUUAAUCGAAUUUAGUUGCUUUGAUAAUUGUAUCAAAUUUUAUACAAUCGCCGGUGAAAUAGGUGCAACACUGUUAAAAAAUCAUUGUGCCGGGUUAAUCAGUAGAAAUUGGAGUAGUUUCACUGCCAAAGAUUUUAAAGAUACUAAUGCAAAAUGGCUUUAUCAACUAUUGAAAACAAAUGCCGAAUAUCCGCUACAUUCUGCAGUCAAAUUCCAAAGAUUAGAUUUAGUUGAAUGGCAUUUAAAUGAAAACAAAGGAGAGGUAGCCAAAAUAAUAAAUCAAUUGGAUAAAGAUGGAAAUUUACCGCUCGGUUUGGCUUUGUCCGAUAAGCAAACGCCCAUAGCUAAAAUAUUAUGCGAAUUUAAAGCUGACGUGAAUGCAAAAGAUCAAAACGGUUGGAGUCUUUUGCAAAGAGCCAUACAAAGAGGCGAUGAUUAUUCUGCCGAAUUUUUGAUAUCCCACAACGCGGAUGUGUUUUGUGUGACACCGGAAACGUUGGACACGUGUCUUCAUUUGGUUUGUGCUCACGGUGAAUCCAUACUUUCGUGCGACGAACCCAAUGGACAUUUUUCUCCCGUUGGAUCUUUUAAAAAUGAAAUUUCCCUGGAUAUCACAAAUAAAAUGGCUCACAUUGCGAAAAUUUUAAUCGAAAAGGGGGUUGAUCCGUCGAAAAAAAAUGCUGUCGGAUUCACUCCUCUUCACGUGGCCAUAAUGACAAAAAAUGCAAAAGUUUUUAACAUUUUACUGGAAGAAGAAUCCGUGGAUGUGAAUGCUAAAACUGCAAAAGGUUUUCCUCCUUUGUGGUAUGCUUUGUAUCAAACAAAACAUUUUGAUGGUGAAAGUUUUGCAAAAAAAUUGCUGCUCAAAGGCGCCAAAGCAGAUAUUGUGUGUUCGGAUAAAAGCGAAACUCUAUUGCAAUUAAUUAUAUUAAAAAAUUUUGAAAAUGCUGCCUUAUUUCUUUUGGAAUACAUUCCUUCUGACGUAGUCAAUGUUAAUCACAUGAAUAAAUACGGAGAGACUGCAUUGCAUUUGGCCACGAUAUUCGGUCAUACUAGAUUAGUUUUAAAUUUAUUAAAAUUAGGCGCAAAUGUUAAUAUUGAAACCAUUUCGUCGAAGAGUACAAAUUUUCAAAAUGGCGAUGAAUAUUCGGGAUAUAAACACACUUGUCUUCAUUACGCAAUAAUUCAACGUCAAAUUAAAGUUUUAGAAGUUCUUAUAAAUUAUCAUUUGGAAAAUAAAACAUCCAAAUACAGUUUGGAUUGUAAUUUAAAAGACUCAAAGGGCAACACACCCUUGUCUUUAUCAAUCAUCCAAAGAUUCAAGGAAGCCAUACCAUUAUUAUUGAAAGGAGGAGCUGAUAUCAAUGUGAAAAAUUCAGAAGGAUUAACAGUUUUGCAUCAGGCAAUUAUAAACGGUUUAAGUGAUAUUGCAAUUUUUUUGUUGAAUAACGGAGCCGACAUUAAUUUAACAACCAAAGAUGGAUUGAGUCCACUUCAUUUAAGCAUAGAUCAUCAUCUGCCAAAUGUGGUCGAUGCCUUAUGCAGGCAUGGAGUUGACAUGUCCGUUCCUAAUCAGAGAAAGCAAUGCCCAUUAUGGGCCGCAUUAUCGAGUGGACAAGACGAUAUCGCUCUUAUUCUCGUUAGAAAUGGCGUCGAUACGGAUGCUUGGGGAGAAGGACCCGAAGGAUGCUAUCAAACUUUGCUACACAAAGCCAUCGAUGAAAGUAGUCAACACAUAGCAAAAUUUUUAAUUCAAAAUGGAUGCGAUCUUGAUACUCCAAGGCGACCCUCUCCCGAAGGAAAGGGAGGAGAUGAAUCUCAUGAUGGAUGCACACCUUUACAUUUAUGUUGUCAAUGGGGUUUGGUAGAUGUCGUUCAAACUUUACUAGAACAUGGUGCUUUCAUAAAUAAAACGGAUUCCGAGGGAAAAAGUCCGUUACAUUUAGCCAUCGAAAACCAACACAAAGACAUAAUCUCACUUCUUUUAUGUCAUCCAAGUAUAGAUUUGACAAUAAGAGAUAAAAAAGGUUUGACUCCGUUUGCUGCAGCUUUAACUUUCAGGAAUAACAAAGCGGCUCAAGCCAUUUUGGAUAAAUUACCGUCAGCAGCAGAACAAUUUAACAAUAAGGGCCAAAAUUUUCUCCACGUAGCUUUACAAAAUAAUCAAGUUGAAAACGUUUUAUUUUUAUUGUCAAUAAAAGUGGAUGUUAAUUCCAGAGUGAAAGAUUCCACACAAACUCCUCCCCUUCAUUUGGCGGCUGCAGGAGGAAAUGAAGUUCUCGUUAGAAGUUUAAUUUUAUCUGGUGCAAAAGUUAAUGAAGUUGACGGUUACAAACAAACAGCAUUGCACAUUGCUGCCAGCAAGGGUCACGCCGUGGUUGUGAGCGCUUUGCUACAAAAUGAAGCUUUACCGGAUCUAUGCGAUACGGAUGGUAACAAUCCUCUUCACAUUGCUUGCAAAGAAGGUCAUCUGGCAGUAGCCAGAGUGCUUUUGACGGAAUCGAAUUUAGAAGCCGAUAUGAUUAACAUAAAAGGUCACAAUCCAUUACACGUACUCGCUAUUUACGGUAAAGAAAAUGCUGCCGCCAUUUGUAAUCUUUUCAUCGAGACAAUAUCCGAUUUUCCAUUAGAUAAACAAGACUUGGAUGGGAAUACAGCUUUGUUGCUUGCCUACAUGAAAGGAAAGGGUAACUUGUGUAGAUGUUUGGUAAAAGCGGGCGCAUGUUUGGGUUGCAUGAAUCGUGACGGCGUCACUUUAUUUAAUUAUCAAGUUGCCACAAAACAAUUGCUUACAAGUCUUUUGGACAGUUUGGAACGCGAACCUCCCUGGUCCACGGGUGAUAUAUGUUUAGAAUGCGGGAAUGAAUUUAAAUUUACGAUGAGAAGACAUCAUUGCCGCCAUUGUGGCCGUUUAUUAUGUCAUAAAUGCUCAGAAUUACAUACGCCAAUAAUAAAAUUUAACAUAUGUAGACCGACUAGAGUAUGCGAAGUUUGUUUUGAAGUAAUUCAAGGAGGAGCUUCUUAA